AUGGUGGUCGUUGACAACUUUUCUUUUCAGCUUGUCAAUGCUGAGACCAAGGAGCCUUUCAAAGAACAUACAGGCGCCGAUGGCAAAGUGUAUGCAGAAGUAGAACCUGACAUCGACUAUUUCAUGCAAAUUAAAGUCAGCAGUAGCGACUCCAGCACGGAGUACUGUGCCAAAUACAUUGUGGAUGGCAAAAUGUUGACUGUCACUCAGCACUUUCACUUUGAACCGAAAAACCUUGACAAAACAUUGAUUCAUGGCUUGUGGUCGCGGGAAAAUGACACUGAAACUCAUCAAGCUUUGAAGUUUCGCCCCCUUUGCUUGCGGAUGCCCCGCUGUCAAAUCCAACUGGUCAAACAAGGCGAUGGGAAAAGCAAAGCACUGCGUUCGGGAAAAGGCACCACCCUAGAAUGCUUCGAGGACGACGGUGCUCGCAGGUUCGUAGAAAAGGGUCGGCAUUUGAAAACAAUUACAAUCAACUACUGCACCGCCGUGGGUCUCAUUCACGCUGGAGUCUUCAAAAAGCCGAAAGGUUUUGGCAAGGCUCCACUUCGUUCGUCUACUGCAAGUGAUAGCAAGGACAUUGAUAUCAAGCCCAAACGAAUCAAGCUGGCAGGGCGAGUAGUGAAUGGAACACAGGUGGAGGCUGACAAGGAGUUUGAUCUGUUUGACUUGACCACGCUAUCUGAGAGUCAAGACUAG